UUGCGCCACUACGGUACACGUCAUUACAGCGCACCGGUCUGUAAACUGAGGCUUAUUCUGCUCAGACUUGAAACUCAAGCUCCAAAACAACUGUUUUAUAGAAAUCAUGAUGUUCAGGAUAUUCGCUUUCCUUGCUAUCCUAGUAUGUUCCUGCUCAGGAGAGGGCUGCACAGACCCCGUUAUAACUCCAUCGGCCUACACCACUUCUGACGCUGUCAUUUCCUCUGAGUCCGUCUUCAUCGUGGAACUCAGCCUUGCAUGUGCCAAUGGAGCCCAGAGUGUGGCACUGUAUGCUGAUGUCAAUGGAAGACAAUUCCCUGUGACAAGAGGCCAGGAUGUGGGCAAGUACCAGGUGUCCUGGAGCCUUCCUCACAAACAGGCCAGCUCUGGGACAUACCAAGUCAAGUUCUUUGAUGAGGAAUCUUACAGCGCCUUGCGCAAAGCCCAGAGAAACAACGAAGAUGUCGAUGCCAUCCAGCCCCUUUUCUCUGUCAACGUGGAUCACAGGGGUGCAUGGAAUGGUCCAUGGGUGUCGACGGAGGUGUUGGCUGCUCUUAUUGGUAUCCUUGUCUAUUACCUGGCCUUCAGUGCUAAGAGCACCAUCCAGGCAUAACCGGAUCCAUUCACUCUAGACCAGUGAAUUUUGAAAGACUGAAUUCUGGCGGGCAUUAUCCACCAGUCUAUCAUCCAAUACUGUGGCAGAUAAUUGGAGUAUUACCAUCAUCUCUACUGUGAGACGAGCAGCUAGAGCAGCAGUCUCUGUAUUUUUUUUUUUUAUUCAGACUGUGUCUGUAUGCUGUCAAUGUCAAAAUGAAUCUCUGGUAUUUCUUUUUUAAAUCAGACCAAUGCUAUAAUACCACACCUACUUAAAGCGACAAAUGCAGAGCAUGUAUUUGACUCAACUCUAACCGCUGGUCAAUGUUUGAACCUGCAUGUCUUUGGUUUCUAAUGGGACCAACUAUUUCCACACCAUUUCUUGCAGCUAACCUUUGGAGUAAGUGGGAUUUGUGCAGAUAUGACACACACCAGUAGAGGGAGGUCUAACCUACACAUAUGAAAAUGAAAAACUGUUAUCUGUGAUUGGCAAAAAACCCCAAAGCAUUUCUGUACUGGCUAGCUUGAGCAGGGCUAACACUAUGGAUGUAUUUUUCCCAGGUGACUCACUAAACUGAAUAAAUGGUCUGUUUUUC